UCAAAAUGUUUGGUGGCGGUGGUCGAAAAAUGGACGAUUUGAUGAUCAAUCUGAAAAUGGGAUCGAAGUCAAUGGAGCGGGCUGCUAAUAAAUGUGAGAAAGAAAUGAAAGCGUACAGAGUGAAAGUUAAAAAAGCACUCGAAGAGCAAAAUACAGAAGUUGCACAAGUGCAUGCAGAAACUGCCAUUCGAAAAAAGAAUGAACAGUUGAAUUAUCUUCGAAUGGCCUCCAGACUUGACGCGGUUUCGGCCCGAGUGAAGACUGCUUCCACCAUGCAAUCCAUGACGAAAAGCCUUGGUGGUGUUGUGAAAGGCCUAGAUCAAGCUUUACGAUCUAUGGAUCUUGAAAAGGUCCAGCGAGUUAUGGAUGAGUUUGAAAAGCAGACAGGCGAUUUAGAUGUAAUGACCAGUGCGAUGGACAGUUCUAUGACGAAUGCUACAACCAGCUUGACACCUGCGAAUCAAGUCAAUGAUCUAAUAAGUCAAGUUGCUGCUGAAAAUGGGCUUGAAGUAUCUGGGCUGAUGAAUGACCCUUCAAAGAAUACGCUGCAAGCUACAAGUAUGUCAGCAGAGGAGAGUGACCAGCUUGAGAGGAGGCUGGCAAACUUGAGAUCGUCUUGAAAUAGUUUUUUGUUGUAAUUAACAUUUCGUUUAUAGGUUAGAUAAAUUCAUAUCAUAUUUGAAGGUCUUGAAAAGUUGACAUAAAUAACUGAAAAGAAUUCUUUGAAACUUG